AGUCCAACAUGGCGGCAUCCAUAACAAAGUUGUCAAGUAUUCGCACCAAUCGGAGACUUUUGCAACUCAAUCCUGCCCGCGUUGUGAAUAGAAACUGUGCACAGAUAAAUACGAAUGCUCUACCUUCCUUUGUGAAGAUUGUUGAGGUUGGACCACGCGAUGGAUUACAAAACGAGAAGGAAAUGGUCAGCACAGAUACUAAAGUGGAGCUGAUAAAUAGGUUAGCGGGUACCGGGCUAAAGGUUAUAGAGGCAACCAGCUUUGUGUCCCCUAAAUGGGUACCACAGAUGGGAGAUCAUAAAGAAGUCAUGGAAGCCAUUAAUCGUCAGGACGGGGUCAACUAUCCGGUGCUGACACCUAACGUCAGGGGCCUCCAGUCGGCCCUUGCUGUGGGGGCCAAGGAAGUAGCGAUAUUUGGUGCUGCCUCGGAAACUUUUAGUAGGAAAAAUAUCAAUUGCUCUAUAUCUGAGAGUAUAGAAAGAUUCCGAGAUGUUGUUGAUGCGGCUAGGGAGGCGGGUCUUUCUGUCAGGGCGUACGUUUCAUGCGUGCUGGGAUGUCCAUAUGAAGGGAAGGUGCAACCAACAGCUGUAGCUCAGCUGGCGAAGAAGCUGUAUGACAUGGGAUGCUAUGAGGUAUCUCUGGGAGACACGAUAGGGGUGGGUACCCCCGGGGAGAUGAAGAAACUUCUUGAGGUCGUCACCAUGGAGAUACCCGUCAAAUGCAUAGCCGUGCAUUGCCACGAUACCUAUGGGCAGGCCCUUGCAAAUAUAUACGCUGCUUUGCAGGCUGGUGUGAGUGUGAUUGAUUCAUCGGUAGCCGGCCUCGGCGGGUGUCCAUACGCUAAAGGGGCAUCCGGUAACGUAGCUACUGAGGAUGUUGUGUACAUGCUGAACGGACUUGGAAUUAAAACAGGCGUUGACCUUACAAAGGUCAUAGAGGUGGGGAGAUUCAUCUGUAAUGCUCUCGGGAGAAAAACGUCCUCCAGGGUUGCCAUGGCAAUGAGCAAACUCUGAAGACAAUGAGAUGGAUCCUUCCGAAGGAUAGAACUGUUUCAGAAUGAAGCCACAUUGGACGAGUGUGAAUUUGGAUACUGGACUCAAAGCAGGAGGUAGUCUUGUUGGUUGAGCAACAUAAUAUACUGGUAAGCUUUAUAUAUCCAACAUUCUGUUCCUGGAAGAGUCAGCCUCCGAUCAUCGACAGAUAUGAAACUGGUAGAGUUUAGAACGAACAGAUCAUGGUGGAUAGAUCCUUUGCUGCAGCAGCCCCUCGUCUCUGGAGCUCUCUACCACCAUCCAUUAGGUCAUGCACACCAGCAUAUACAAAUUUUAAGAAACAGUUAAAAACUGGGCGUUGAACUUAAAAAAUAAUCCCCAGCUUCUUUUUGAGCUUUCAAGCCAAGGCGAUUGAGAAUUUGAUGACGGUUUCAGUCGAUGGGAUAUUUUUUAAAAGUUUAAACGCAUGAUAGAAAACAAGGAUGUCGAAAUAAAGAUGAUUUUGCUGUCUCAAAAACUAUUUGUCAUUAUUUUGCCGAACGUAGAAUACCAAUUUACUAUGCCAACAUGGAGACAACUGGAAAGGUAUGGCAAUGAAAUAUAAAAUAAAGACACUAUCUUGAUGGUACAGAAA